AUGGACUUUCCCCAACUGAAAACAUGGCUGCGAUUACCUGUAUCCUCAAUAUACGAUAUAAAGUUCUAUCCUUACUCAGAGCUGGGCGAGGAUCCCAUCUUCGCCGCCGUGGCAGAAAGAAAGAUCUACAUAUGCAAGCCGGUCGGCAAGUCAGCUACCUCCAAGACUAACAAUCUGGAUAUCUUGACUGCGAUCGAAGACCCUGAUGAACACUCUUCUCUCAACAGCGUUGCAUGGUCAGUCGACAUUGAUACUGGCGAGCCCCUCGUCUGUGUCGCUGGAUCUGGAUCANAAAACAUCAAAAUCUUCAAUGUGGUCACAGGAGAGGUGGUUCGGCUGGGAACUGACAUACUAAAAGNNGCCAUCAAUGAUCUGGUCACAUCACCUGUUUCGCCACAGAUUCUGGCCUCGUGCUCGGGCGACUACACAAUUCGAAUAUGGAACCUGGAUGCUCGCUAUCGCAAGCAGCCAUGCGCAGCGAUAUUCUCGGGAGAAGGUCAUAGGCAGACGAUUCUCUCCAUCGUUAGUGUGCCUGCUUCUGUUUCCGUGCAACGCUUACAAGCAGCAGNNGCUUUCCAUGACAACGGUAGGUGGCUGUUAAGUGGUGGGCAGGAUACGAUGAUCUGCUUGGUAAGUACCAUUUUUGUUGGGAAGGAUACAGAGUCAUUGCUUACCCAUGCAGNNUGGAGCCUCCCACCCGUGCCCGACGAGAAUGCAGGCACGGAUAAGCCGACGGUGGUCGUCUAUCCCCACUUUGCCAGUAUUGGCAUGCACUCAGACUACGUAGACUGUGUCAGAUUCUGGGGUGACCUCGUCCUAUCUAAAGCAUCUACAGGAAACAACAUCAAAGUAACCAGAGGAGAGAUCAUGCUUUGGAAGAUCGAUGGAUUUUUCUCGGGUGACGACAACCCACCUGAACCACCCAUGCCUGGAUACGGACGUCCGACACGUUCUGCCUUCGGCGACGGUUUCCAACGACUUUACACCUUCGACAUGACCAACGUGGAACCAUUCUACAUGCGGUUCGGCCUCUUCAAAGAAAUUGGCUACCGCCCUGUGCUUGUCAUGGGCAACAUCAAGGCUCGCUUCUAUUUCUGGGAUCUGCAGAAGUUCGAGGCGCGCCGCUCUGGUGCCAAAGAUCCAAAUUCUGUCGUGAAGGAAAAUCAGCGAAUCAGAGAUAUACUCGAUCAAAACUACAAGAAGAAGAAAAAGACUGUCGGUCAAGUUCACAAUGACAACAACAAUGCUGCCGGUCAAGUCCUGACUAUCAACACACGAGCCAGUAGUGUCACUAAGAGCGACACCAGCGACAAGAUCAACCCGCUAGUUUUAAGAACAACAAGCGGAAAAGAGGAGAUCUCAUNNCAAAAGGUCUUGGUCAACAACACAACGAGGGCGAGUAGUGCUAACAGCGACUUGACUCGAGCAAGCAGUUGCAUGANNCCAAGCAGUCUGGAGGUAUGUGAUUCAACCAAAUCGACGUCUCCAAGUAAGCUUCUAACUUGUUUAAUAGUUUCGCUAAUACCUCGUUCCUCACUUGCGAUCCCUGGCCCUACAUCGGUACCCGCGAUCAAGCCAGCCACGACCCCGGACUCAAUGGAUCAGAACACUUCCAGACCUACCCCUGAAACAGCAGAUCUCAAGCCAGAGAUACCUCCCAGAAGCAUGAGAAACUACAUUAGACACGCCGCUCAUAAGACGACGGUAGUCAACUGUCCCAUCGACUUCGCAUGCAGAGCGAUUGAUUGGAGUUUCGAUGGCAAAUGGUGUGUUGGGGUCGGUGAUCACGGCAUGAUUGCAAUAUUCGGCCGUUGGUUGGAUAAGUGA